AUGACAAUAGAUCGUAGGCGUAUUCAAGGACCAGAAUUAAGCGUUGCUCCAGUGAUAAUAAAAUCUUCAAGCGAUAAAAAAUCAAACGCUUUAGUAGAUGAGAAUGGUAAUAGGCUUGAUGGAAGAGAUUUAGAAGAUAUUCGAAAAAUUUAUUUAAAAACCGGUCUAAUAAGUCAAGCUAAUGGUUCAGCAUACAUAGAACUAAAUCAAACUAAAAUUGCUUGUGGUGUUUAUGGUCCACGUCAAACAAAAUUUCCAUUGUUUAGUGGGAAAGGAACCUUAAAUUGUGAAUUGAAAUUUGCACCAUUUUCAUGUUUGAAGCGUCGACAGCCUUAUCGUGAUGUACAAGAAAGAGAUCUUUCACAAUUAAUUUUUGAUGCAUUAUCACCAUCUGUAAGACUUGAAUUAUUACCAAAAUCAACAAUAGAUAUAUUUAUAAACGUGUUGGAAAAUGAUGGAACUACAUCUUGUUUAGCUGCUGCUAUAACAUGUGCUUCGGUAGCUUUGGCGGAUGCAGGGAUUGAAAUGUUGGAUUUGGUUGCUGCUUGUUCUGCAUCAUUUAUUGGAGGACGGAUUUUUAUAGAUAGUAAUCUGAUGGAAGAACAACAUGAAACAGGUUCUUUGAUAUUAUCAUAUAUGCCAUCAUUAAAUGAGGUAACACACAUUCUACAAUCAGGUGAAGUGGAUUUUACACUUACAACACAAGCUAUUGAACAAUGUACUGAUGCAUGCAACAAUAUCUAUUCAGUGAUGAAUAAUAGUCUUAUGGAAUCUGCAUGGGAAUGGGCAUGGGCACCAGGAAAUGUUGGCACCAUACCAGGUACUAGUGCCACUGCCAAAGUGCUGCCAUUUUUUAUUUAUUUUGCUCCAAUUCUUCUGCCCGUGCCUCAACAUUUUAGGCAUGUCUGCUGA